UCAAAACAAAAGUAAUCCUCAACAACCCUUGAUGGCUUGAAGCUAAAAAAAUUCAGAGACAAAAGGUGGUUGGUGAAAGCUAGUUUGACACUGACAUUGGAUUAGAGGUAGGACUUAUAUGUGCUUAAGGCUAACGUGCACCCGGCCCCCAACCCCAGCAGUCUUCUAUCUACCUACCGUCUCUACCAUUUUCUUAUAGUAGUUGAAAAUUUCUAACUUUGAGAAAACAAGCCAAAGUUUGUUUCUAAGAACACAAAAGGAGUUGAAUUGUUUGCAGCAAUGGCACAGAUUAGCAGCAUGGGGCAAGGGAUACAGACCCCUAAAUUCAAUUCCUAUCCUCCUAAAACCCAAAAGGGUUCUCUUUUAUCACAUUCUAUCUUCUUUGGAUCAAAGAAAAUAACCCAAAAUUCAGCAAAAUCUUUAUGGGUGUCCAAGAAAGAUUCAGUUUUGAGGGUGGCAAAGUCACCUUUUAGGAUUUGUGCAUCAGUAGCCACUGCACAGAAGCCCACCGAGAUUGUGCUGCAACCUAUCAAAGAUAUAUCAGGCACUGUUAAAUUGCCUGGUUCUAAAUCCCUUUCCAACCGUAUUCUCCUUCUUGCUGCCCUUUCUGAGGGAAGGACUGUUGUUGACAAUUUACUGAGUAGUGAUGACAUUCAUUACAUGCUUGGCGCGUUGAAAACACUUGGACUUCAUGUAGAAGAUGACAAUGAAAACCAACGAGCAAUCGUGGAAGGUUGUGGUGGGCAGUUUCCUGUCGGCAAGAAGUCUGAGGAAGAAAUCCAACUAUUCCUUGGAAAUGCAGGAACAGCAAUGCGGCCAUUGACGGCAGCAGUUACUGUAGCUGGUGGACAUUCUAGAUAUGUACUUGAUGGAGUUCCUAGGAUGAGAGAGAGACCGAUUGGUGAUUUGGUUGAUGGUCUCAAGCAGCUUGGCGCAGAGGUUGACUGUUUCCUUGGUACAAAUUGUCCCCCAGUUCGGAUAGUCAGCAAGGGAGGUCUUCCUGGAGGGAAGGUAAAACUCUCUGGAUCUAUUAGCAGCCAAUACCUGACUGCUUUGCUGAUGGCUGCUCCUCUGGCUCUUGGAGAUGUGGAGAUUGAAAUAAUUGACAAACUAAUUUCUGUACCUUAUGUUGAAAUGACACUGAAGUUGAUGGAGCGAUUUGGUGUCUCUGUGGAGCACACUAGUAGCUGGGAUAAAUUCUUGGUUCGAGGAGGUCAGAAGUACAAGUCUCCUGGAAAAGCAUAUGUUGAAGGAGAUGCCUCAAGUGCUAGCUACUUUUUGGCGGGUGCAGCUGUCACAGGUGGAACUGUCACUAUAGGGGUCGAAAUGGAAUUCCGGAAGUUGCAAGCUGAGCAUUUUUGUGAUAUUCUUUUCCUCACUUUCUUUCUUUAUUGUGCUAUACUUUUUACAUACUCCUCUUUUCUCUGGUCAGUUGCUAGCUGGAGAGUUAAGGAAACUGAGCGGAUGAUUGCCAUAUGUACAGAACUUCGGAAGUUGGGUGCAACAGUUGUAGAAGGGUCAGACUACUGCAUAAUCACCCCGCCAGAAAAGUUAAACGUAACGGAAAUUGAUACAUAUGAUGAUCACAGAAUGGCCAUGGCUUUCUCUCUUGCUGCUUGUGCUGAUGUUCCAGUCACCAUUAAGGACCCCGGUUGUACUCGCAAAACCUUCCCCAACUAUUUUGACGUUCUCCAGCAGUACUCCAAGCAUUAAACCACUUUCUAUUUAAGUAAUUAUUUUUAACAAGAGAGACUGUACCAGUUUGGCAACCAAAAUGCUGCCCAUACCGGAAGAGAAAAAGCUUAGAUCCAAGAUUUCAACGCCUUUUCAUUUGUCGUGUUGAAGUUGUGAUCAUUGUAUUUGUUGAAGCUGAGUUUCUUUUCUUCUGUCUAGAGGACAUGUAUACUAUAGAGUUAAGAUGAACUAGCAUGGUGCAGUAUAAGAGGUAAGUACUAUUUUGAACAUGAGGGACACAAUACCUUUAUCUUUAUGUGGAAUUAUUCUCUGUAUUAAAAAUCGAUUGACUUAAAAUGAGAAUGUGUGAUUCAGUAAUUUUUCUCCA